AUCCUGAAAGUGAUCGAAGACAGAUUCCACAAUGCGAGAAUGGCUGUGAUUCAGUUCCCAUUUGGUCCGGUAGCCGGACAUUGGAGACGACGGCAGAAAAUUCGCUCCUCCGUCGACCGCCAGGCCCUCUUUGAUCGCAUCGCACCCGUUUACGAUAACUUGAAUGAUGUGUUUAGUUUAGGGCAACAUCGGAUAUGGAAACGAAUGGCAGUUAGUUGGAGUGGGGCAAAAGAAGGGAGCAAUGUGUUGGAUUUGUGUUGUGGAAGUGGGGAUUUGGCAUUUCUCUUGUCUGAAAAGGUUGGACUCCAUGGCCAGGUUAUUGGCCUUGAUUUCUCAAGAGAACAACUAAUGGUGGCUUCAUCUCGGCAGCAAUCACGCUCGAACCCCUGCUACCGUAACCUUAAGUGGAUGGAAGGCGAUGCAGUUGAUUUGCCAUUUCCCGACUGCCAUUUUGAUGCAAUUACCAUGGGCUACGGGCUACGUAAUGUGAUUGACAAGUAUAAAGCGAUGAAAGAGGUGCAUCGAGUUCUAAAACCAGGGUCUAAAGCAUCAAUCCUUGACUUAAACAAAAGCACCGAUGAAUUUAGGACAUCUUUUCAGGGGUUGAUAAUAGACAACCUAAUUGUGCCUGUGGCGGCUAGUUAUGGUCUUUCCGAAGAGUAUCAAUAUCUGAAGAGGUCAAUUCAAGAAUUUUUAACAGGUGAGGAGUUAGAGCAUCUCGCUUUAGAAGCGGGAUUUUCAAGUGCUAAGCAUUUCGAAGUUGGUGGAGGAUUGAUGGGCAACUUAGUUGCUUCACGAUAAAACAAGUCAUACAAGGAGAUGCAUACGUCGCCAAUCUAAUGGUUUUCAUGACAGAAGGUGUGAAACUAUAAUCUGUUUCUAAAACUCUGACCACACAUUUCAUCCGCAUCCAUGGCACAACAUGUGUUCUUCAUUCAUGGAUAAUUGUGUUUCAUAAGCUUGUUAUAUGUAUGUUUCUUUGUUACUA